AAUGAAAUAUUUAUUGAAAUCACACAGGAUUGAUUAUGAAAAAAGCAAUGAAAGCGCCCAAAAUUCCUAAUGAAAUAUUCAAUGAAAGUGCACACCAUUAAUUAUGAAAAAGGCAAUCAAUACACCUAACCCAGUGAAUGAAAUACCCAUUGAAAGCACACAGGUUUAAUUAUGAAAAGGUCCUGUGGUCUUUGCCUACAUUUUAUGAAAAGAACAUAGCCUUUAUGAAAAAGAAAGACACAGGACACACCUAUGAAAGCCCUUUCAUAAAACUUGUGGACUUAUACACACAGCUCUACAGGCAAGUGCCUUAGUUUUAUGAUAAAGGUGGUAGCCACUUGUG